CUAGCUCUUCUUCGGCUCUCCAUAACAGGAAAGAAUGUCUCUUUAUUGUCUCUAACUACUCUCUCUCUCUCUCUCUCUCUCUCUCUGCUCGUGCUUUCUCAUUCGAGACGCAGAGAAACCCGAGUCCCGCGUCCGAGAAGCGACCGCGAGAAUGGCGAGCACGAGUACGGUGAAUCUGGAAGAUGUGCCUUCCGUCAAUCUCAUGAAUGAGCUCCUCCGUCGUUUGAAGUGCUCCACUAAGCCCGACAAGCGCGUCAUCCUCAUCGGACCUCCAGGAUCUGGAAAAGGUACCCAAUCACCUAUCAUCAAGGAUGAAUACUGCUUGUGCCACUUGGCUACUGGUGAUAUGUUAAGAGCUGCUGUUGCUGCAAAGACCCCUCUUGGUCUCAAAGCCAAAGAAGCUAUGGACAAGGGAGAACUCGUUUCUGAUGACUUGGUUGUUAGCAUUAUAGAUGAAGCAAUGAAAAAGCCUUCAUGCCGAAAAGGUUUCAUUCUUGAUGGAUUUCCACGAACCGUAGUGCAAGCGCAGAAGCUUGAUGAGAUGCUAGAAAAGCAAGGUGCCAAAAUUGAUAAAGUUUUGAAUUUUGCAAUUAACGAUGCAAUCUUGGAGGAGAGGAUAACUGGUCGGUGGAUACAUCCUUCGAGUGGCAGGACCUACCAUACAAAAUUUGCUCCUCCCAAGGUUCCAGGGGUUGAUGAUGUUACCGGCGAACCUUUGAUUCAGCGCAAGGAUGAUACUGCAGCUGUCCUCAAAUCUCGACUUGAGGCUUUCCAUAAUCAAACUGAACCGGUGAUUGAUUACUACUCCAAAAAGGGAAUACUUGCAAAUCUUCAUGCUGAAAAACCUCCUAAGGAUGUGACGGCCGAGGUUGAGAAGGUUUUGUCUUCUUGAAAAAAAAUGGUGCUCCUACCUGAAAAUCCAACAAUUAUGCUGAAUUUUACAGGGUAGAUAUCAGAACCCUUGAGUUUCUAUUACAUUGUUGUAUCAUUGAAUGUGGCGGCUGUUGUCAAAUUGUUGAGGGAUUUUUCUUAUCGUCCUAAAGUAAAGUUGAGUACAGAAUUGAUCGUCUUUGGUCUUUUCUGCUGGAAAUGCCAGAUUAGAUAAGCACUGAUGACAAUGAAGUAGUCCCUUGAUUAUGCCUUCCCUCAGAAUAUUGUAGACUCCAUACUUCAUGAACUCUCCC